AUGGCGCCACAACUGACACACCCGUCGCUGUUGUCCGUGUGGGGAUACCUGCGACAAGAUCUGUUGCCCUCCCUCCUGCACCGCCUUGUCCGUUGUUGUCCGAAUCAGACGCCAAGCCACGUGCGCUGCCAGGAGCAGGAGCAGGAGCAGAACCUGGCGACUUAUGUAGCUGGCGUCUACGAUUUCCUGUCGCAGAUGCCCAAUGAUGAGCCCCUCGAGCUGGAAGCCCUGGCCAGCACUCUCCAAGCCAGAUUAACCAAAGUACACACCUUGGGCCGUUAUAGGAAGCAAGACUCACAGUCGCCCACGACCUCGUCCUCGACUUCGACUUCGACUUUGGCUUCGACUUCGGCUUCGACCUCGUCCUCGCCCUCGACUUCUACUUCGUCGGACAUCGUUCAGCAGCUUCGACAUCCGUUGAAGCUCCGGAUCAAUCCAUUUCUUAUGUGGAAAGAUCACCAGUUUGAGCGAAUCAAGGAGGUUCUGGAGCUCAACGCACUCGAGUUAGCCGCUGGCAAGAAAACUAAGGUUUCCGCAAAGAGGGUCUUCAUGCGAGUGUGGCAUCAGGUUUCCUUCCUGGAUAACCAGCCACCCUCCCGCCCGCUCCAACUGGAACAAGCUAAGCCCGAAGAGUCCGAAGAUAGUGACGAGCAGCUCUUCAAGUUGCGCAAGGUUAAGACAUGCAACGACCUGUCCCGUUUGGGCAUUGAGCCACCAGCCACAUGCACUGAGCAGCAGGGUGGAUUCUCUGACGAUGGGGGCGAGGCAGCCACUUCCACUUCCACUAAACCAACAGGGUUCGCAGACAUGGAAGACCAAGACGAGUCCAUGGACGAGCUUGUGGAUUAG